AUGUCGUCAGAGACGAUUGGCGGACUUGCUGAAGCACUUCAGCGCUUGAAGGGUGACAAUUCAACGUCUAAAUACAAAACAGACGUCGAGUUUGUCUAUACUUCAUCUCAAAAUUGGCCUCUCCCGCCUGGAGUCAACCUACCAGACCCAUACAAUCCUCCGAUACGUAUCGCCAUUCUCGAUUCGUCCUUUAAUCCACCUACAAAGGCACACCUAGCACUUGCUAUGGCGCCUCUUCCUGACAGUACCGGCAAGAGGACAUACGACGCCCGUAUGCUUUUGCUCUCCGUCACAAACGCGGACAAGAAGCUCAAACCGGGUGACGCGACUUAUGUACAGCGGCUGGAAAUGAUGUACAUUCUGGCGGAUGAAGCUAGUCGGCGGUCAGCGACGGAUCCAGCAAAGCCAGACGCGCCAUUUUGCGUUGCUGCAAUUGACGAACCGACGUUUGUCGGCAAGUCUAGAAAGCUGCGUGAAUUCAUUGAUAAUAGACUUGGUGGUCUGCAGCGUGCCGGUGAUUUACCACUGGCAAGAGUCGAACUAUACUUCAUCCUCGGCUUCGACACCGUCACUCGUCUAUUUGACCCACGCUUCUAUGGGAACUCGACGGAAGAGAUGGAUGCUGCGCUACGCAGAUUUUUCGCUCCGGGACCUGAAGGCGACAACUCGCAUGUGGUCUGUGCGCGCAGAACCAUGAACCAAGACGUGGACGUUAAGGCUGAAGAGGAGGCGUUCUUUUCUCAACCAGAAGUGGCCCCUUAUAGAGACUCAGGGAGCAUCCUGAUGUUGCAGUUGGAUCCUUUCCUUCAGACACUCAGCUCUACGCGAGCCAGGUCGUCUGUGCGAGCGUCAUACGAAGAGCCAGCGCUUGGGUCUGGAGAUAAACUGAGUGACUUGGUUCCAGUACGAAUAGCAAGGUAUAUCCAGGAAAAUAAACUGUAUUGA